AUGUUAUCUAUAAUUUCACUUCUUUUUUCACUAUUCUUUCUUUUCUUUCUUUCUUUCUUUCUUUCUUUCUUUCUUCAAUUUCCCUUCUUUUUUAUCAUCCAUGUUUCUUUCUUUCUUUCUUUCUUUCUUUCUUUCUUUCUUCAAUUUCCCUUCUUUUUUAUCAUCCAUGUUUCUUUCUUUCUUUCUUUCUUUCUUUCUUUCUUUCUUUCUUUCUUUGAUUUACUUUCUUUCUUAUUUCAAUUUUCAUAUCUUUCCUUAUUAUCAUUCAUGUGUCUUUCUUUCUUUCUUUCUUUCUUUCUUUCUUUCUCCAAUUUACCUUUCUUUCUUCUUUAUUUUCUCCAAAUUUCCUCCUUCAUUUCUUUAAUUUUCUUUCUUUUCCUCCUUUCUUUCACCAAUUUUCUUUCUUUCUUUCUUUCAGUUUGUACAUCGCCCAACCCAGAUUUGAACGACAGUUUUUCUCUACCCCACCCCUAUAUCUCGGGGAACGUUUGUUUCGCCUACCCUUAUCAGUGCACGAUCUUUAUGACCCGUCUUUCCUUAACGACUCGAUCAUUUCUUUCUCUCUCUCUCUCUCUAAAACACUCAAUCUAUUCUUCUGCUUCAUUUGCAUUUUCCUUUUUUCUUUUUUUUAAACACUUUCUCUUCUUUCUCCUCCUUUUCUUCUUCUUUUCAAACUUUUUCUUCACAUUUUUCUUCUUUUCUUAUUGUAUAAUCCUUUUCUUCUUCUUCUUCUUCUUCUUCUUCUUCUUCUUCUUCUUCUUCUUCUUCAGCUGCUGCUGCAGCUGUUUCUCUUUCAUUUUCAUUUUUCUUCUUUUUAAACACAUUCUCUUCUUCCUCCUCCUUUUCUUCUUCUUUUUAAACUUUUUCUUCACAUUUUCUUCUUUUCUUAUUGUAUAA